AUGACAAGUAAAUAACCCCAAAAAAUUACGUCAGCGGUGCAAAAUUAAAAAUGGUGGCGUAUGUUUUCAUGUGUACAGUUUGGUGCGUUUGACAAGCGACGGGUUUAUUGUGUAAUGCGGGAAACGCAUCGUACAAUCAUCUCCGUAUAAACAGUUGGCUGAUGUCAUCCCGUAUUGGUGGACUUUCAAGGUUACGAUUCCCGACUCGUAUUAUCGAUUUUAACCGAACGGUGCAGCAAUGACAAUGCAACAGUACUGCCUGCGAUGGAACAACCACCAGCCGAAUUUCAUUUCGGUCUUCUCCAACUUACUCAACAGCGAAUCUCUGGUGGAUGUCACAUUGGCGGCCGAGGGUAAACAUUUGCAGGCCCACAAAGUUGUGCUGUCUGCUUGCAGUUCUUACUUUCAGACGUUGUUCACAAUAAAUCCGUGCCAGCAUCCCAUAGUCAUCCUCAAAGAUGUGAAAUUCAAGGAUCUGAAGGUGAUGGUCGAGUUCAUGUACUACGGAGAGGUGAACGUGUCCCAGGACCAGCUGACGCACAUCCUCAAAACGGCCGAGAUGCUGAAAAUCAAAGGACUGGCUGAGAUGCCGGUGGACCAAACGGUCAAACAACCUUCGAACAACACGUCGACCGACAGGGCCGAACUGCUGACGCCCAGCGACCUGAACUGGAGCUCGGACGCCCACAGGCAGUCGCUGUCGCCGUCGCCCUGUCCCCUGUCGCCCAGUGCCAGAAGGAAACGUUUGAGGAAGACGUCAACCGGUUCAAAUUCUGGCUCAGGCGACCGAACGUCAGACGAGCAUCCCAGCGAGAUCAUGAUCCCCACACCCACCGGUAACAUAGUCGGAACCAUCAUUAAACCCGAGUCGGGCAGUUCAGACAGGAGCAGCACCCCGCAGAAACUCAGACAGCACAGUAGCGACUCAGAGCUGUUACGGGGUAGUUCACAUGAGAGCACCGAGGGGGAGACCCACCACCAAAUCACCCUUCAAGUCCCCCAACAAACUGUGACCACCCAGAACGUGGAGGCCAGUAAUUUGGACGUGGCAGGACCUUCAACCUCAGUAUCCCAACAGUCAGUACCAGGCAUCCAGUGGAACGUCGUCGAUCCGACCGGCUAUCCGCAACACUACGCGGCCUGUUCGCAAAACCCGCCCCAGACCGGCGCCCAGCAGCCGGUCGCCCAGUACGUGACCGUCAGCUCGAACGUGACGGGCACGAUAACCAGUUGCGCGCCCGCCCCGCCCGCCUGCUACCCGAACCAGAUCGCCAACUCGCCGCCGCAGAUAAUGCAGAAGCGCAAGCGCAGCAUCAACCCGCAGGCGGACGAGAACUUCAUACGGGCGCUGGAGGCGGUGCGGUUCGGCGGCAUCGGCUUCUGCAAGGCGGCCCGCAUGUUCGGCGUCAAUAACCGCACGCUGUGGCUCGAGUACAAGAAGCGGGGCUACCCGAACUUCCGGCUGAGCAUCAAGAACAGGAAGGCGGAGGGCGGUGCGGUGGCGGACGUGGACGAGCAUGCGGAGGUGGACAAGCAGGAGGCGCAGGGGCAGAUGAUGUGCGUGACGGCCAGCCAUCCGGUGGCGUUGAUCGCCAACCAGUACUACGAGUCGAAGCCGCCGCAGAAGUACCUCGAUGCCGCCCUCAUAAAUGCACAGCAGACCAUCAACUUUCAGGGCCUCAAUUUUGAGCAAGUCUAAUGAGCAGAUUGGACUUGGACUUGGAUUUUAUUUUACGUAUCGAUACGUGUUCCACCAAAUUUAGCUUGUAAGAUGAGUAGGGAUUAUUUUCUAAGGCGUUUAUAGACUGAGAUUGUAAUCUUUUGACUGACUGAUUUAUUUCGCAUGUACCACUAAAAUUCUAAACAUUAUCACGAUUUGAGGUUGAGUUUUUUAAUACUAAAGAUUCUAUUGGAUAAGACUGAAUUAUAAAUAUUGGUUUCUAAUUUAAUUAUUAUAUAAUUUAAUGAUUUUUCUUAUUUAAAUUUUUACUAUUAUUAUUUACUAAAAUAUGAUCAAAUCAGAUAUUGCCAUUUGACAUACAGUUGAGUCAGUUUGGGAAGACUAAGUCACUAAUAAAAUUAACAAGAAGAGGUUCUAAUUCUUACUCCACCAACUAAACUAUAAUUUGGUGUGGUGAUACAUAUUUCUCCUUCUUGUUAACUUUAUUAUGGAUCUUGUCUUAGCAAGUUGCCUCAUCUGUUUGUAAGAUUCAGCAAUUAUUUUAAACAAACCGACCACUAAGACGUUACAAUGUAAUUAUAUUUUUGAGGAGAAAUGGAUGAGAGAAACUGUAUAAAUUAUUAAAGUUUCAGUUGUUUUGUUUGUUAUUUUUAUACAAAAUUUUAUGUAUACACGGUUUAAUCGGUAUUUAAAUUAAAAUAUACAUAUAUAAUCUGCAAAAUAAUAUUUAUGCUUAAAUGUAUACAUAAUACAUAUUAUGGAAACUGAGCAAAUUUAUAUUUUUGUCAUGUAUUAAUAGUGUACCUACUUGUUAUGUUUAGUUUUGUUUGUAUAAAAUAUGCAUAAACUAAUAUUGUUUUAUUAUUCCCUUUCCUAAAAAAUAUAUACACGUAAUUGUUUUACUUGUAUGUAUUUCCAGUUAAUAAAAAAUGCUAAAUAAAUCUGA